AUGGAUGCUACUCACAUGAGGAACACCGUGCAGUUUGGUGCCCAAUGGGAGGGGGACAAAGGAGGGACCAAUAAAGCCGAUGUAUUGAAGACCGUGGACCGAUCAUGGACGGCUCUGAUGGGUUCUUCGAGUGGGCUUUGGGACUGCCGAUACGAAGACCGUUGGAUCAGGAGGAUGAAACGGAAAACAGCCCAUGUGACUGCAAACGGCCCCACGUGGAUGUUGUUGAUUGGAAAGGCAUUGGCCAUGUGGGUAGAGAUAAGUGGGACCGAAUAUUUAUUGGCCUGUGGUUACAUGACAUGUGGGAUUUCAUGUGGUAGGGUCAGCUUACCAUUCCCGUUCUCUCUCUUUGCCUCAACCCUAAUCGAACAUCGGGUGGUUGCACCAAAAUAA